CCUCGUACGUGCGUGCUGCUGCUGCUGCUGCUUCUCUUUGAUGCGAAGCCAUUUUGUAAUCUUCACCGGUUAACUCGUGGCGAACAUUUACUCAACGAAACAAGUAAAAUGAACGGCAUUAUAAGGAAUACGUUGCGAUCGACAGCAAUUAAGAAUUUCUUGUCUUCUACCAUCAAUACAGGAAUCGCGAAAAAUCAAUUGAGAUCAUUAUGGAAAAUAUCUUCACGACAAAUUGAUCUUACUGCUUUUGCCUCGACAAAAGUUUUACAACAUCAACAUAUUCUUUGCAAUUGUUGCAAUUGCAGAAACGUCCAUACAAAAGCUGAAAAGGAACUGGUAGAAUUUUUGGCAGAAGAAAUCGUAGCAGAGAAGAAGGCACAGAAAUUGAAAACCAUUCCAACCGAAUUAGAUGGUUUCAAAGUAUCACUCGAUGGUGCAGAUGUCACUCUAGUAAAGAAACAAGAUGAUGAAAAAAUUCAAAUUACUUUUAACAUAAAUCACACUGUGGAUACCGAAACAGAGCCAGAAAUUGAUAUAAAUAGCAAUAAUGCGGAUGUUAGUGAAAUGAAAAGUAAACCCAAUUUUGAAGUGGAUAUAAAGAGAGGUGGUAUGACUCUUGGAUUCACUUGUUCGUUCAACAAUGAGCCUGGCGCAUCAGGUGCAAGUGAAAAUUAUAAUGAUAUCUACGGUAUAGAUGAAGUCACUCUGUAUGAAGGUGAACACAGCGAUAAAAAAUAUGCAGUCGCAGGUGAAAUUAUUGAUGGGUACCUGUAUGAUUUGCUGAUGAACUAUUUAGAAGAAAAGGGUAUUACAAAUGAAUUUGCAGAAAAAUUGAUUGAGCUCAGUACGAAUUAUGAACACACAGCAUAUAUUAGUUUGCUAGAGGGUCUUUCAAAAUUCACUUCCGGAAAAUAAGGAGCCUUAGUUGCUGAAAUUUCCAUCAUAUUUUUAAUUGCAUAGCAAUAGAAUAUACAUGUUUAAGAUCUUCUUUAUGAUAAAUAUAUGUCGUAAUUUCAUGUAUCAGUUCCAUUACAUUAAAUAAUUUUAAAGUUAUGUAAAAUAAAGCUAGAGUUAAUAAAUU